CACAGCACCAAACAUGUCCAACGAGCAGACCUUCAUCGCUAUCAAGCCUGACGGCGUCCAGCGCGGCCUCAUCGGCCCCAUCAUCUCUCGCUUCGAGAACCGUGGCUUCAAGCUUGCCGCCAUCAAGCUUACCACCCCGUCCAAGGAGCACCUCGAGAAGCACUAUGCCGACCUCGCGGAGAAGCCCUUCUUCCCGGGACUGAUCGCCUACAUGGGCAGCGGCCCCGUCUGCGCCAUGGUCUGGGAGGGCCGUGAUGCCGUCAAGACCGGCCGCAAGAUCCUCGGCGCCACCAACCCCCUCGCCUCCGAGCCUGGAACCAUCCGUGGUGACUUCGCCAUCGAUGUCGGCCGCAACGUCUGCCACGGCUCCGACUCCGUCGAGAACGCCAAGAAGGAAAUCGCUCUCUGGUUCAAGGAGGGCGAGGUCCAGACCUGGAAGCAGAGCCAGCACGACUGGAUCUACGAGAAAUAAAUGUCUUGCUAUCCUAGCUGAGUUUUGUCACGCCGAUGCUCUGUCCUCGCGACAAGCACCCGAACCCGUGUCCGCACGGAUGACGACAGUACGGUGCGUAAGGUAGACGGGCGAUAGUGUGAAUCAUGAAUUGGCUACUUGGAAGACGGCAUAACGCUCUCGCUAGACGUGCACGAAAAAAAAAAUGAGAAAUGAUUAUCAUGAUGUAUCGUCUCGCAGUUUGAUCCCAGGCCUUGUCGACUCAUGUGAUUAUGGAGCGCCACUCUUUGGCACCAACAGUUCGAUGUGGCCGCGGCAAGAAUCCUGGCGCGUAAACGAUCAAUCCGCGCCAAACCAUUCGUGGGGGCCAGCCAACUGUUGCUUAUUGCGCGUCGUAAGAUCUUGGCAGCACACGCCUUUGUUCGACUUCGCCUCAACUUCGCGUCAGCCCCGCCGAC